AUGAAGACUUUUGAAUGCCCUGUGCUGUCCCGUCACAAGUCCUUCACCGUCCUCCCCCUGGAUCCACCGCAGUUCUCGUACAGGGCCAACAAACAGGUCGACGGACGACGCAGUCGGCGUGGCCUUCCACUCCAUCCUCCUACACCUGGACUCUCCUGGUACCCACGCCAGGAUCCUGUUUGUGGACUUCAGGAGAGGGAGCUGGCUGACGACGAGAUUGAUGAGCUACGCGAGGCCUUCAAUGAGUUUGACAAAGACAAGGACGGGCUGAUCAGCUGUAAGGACCUGGGCAACCUGAUGAGGACCAUGGGCUACAUGCCGACUGAGAUGGAACUGAUAGAGCUGAGUCAGAACAUCAACAUGAACCUUGGAGGAAAAGUCGACUUUGAGGACUUUGUGGAGCUGAUGGCCCCGAAGCUUCUGGCAGAGACUGCAGGGAUGAUCGGCAUGAAGGAGCUGAAAAACGCCUUUAAAGAGUUCGACAUGGACGGAGACGGCGAAAUCACCACAGAGGAGCUGCGGUCGGCCAUGACCAAGCUGCUGGGAGAGCACAUGACCCGGAGAGAGAUCGACACCAUCGUGGCGGAGGCCGACAACAACGGCGACGGCACGGUGGAUUUCGAAGAGUUUGUUCGCAUGAUGUCCCGCCAGUGAGAGACGGGGGAGGGGGGAGGGGGAGGGAGGACGCCGCGUCAGAAAACCCACGU